GAGAGAUCACAUUUCAGCUUGACAUCACAGGUUCUCAUUCAAACAGGAGACAGUAUAAAGGCUAUUGGAAAAGCAAUCGUAAACUGCAGUGGUUGCAACCCUUCAACACAUACAGUAGAGAGCAGGAGAGCUACUGCACUCUGGAACCCACCAGCUGCCAGCACUAUAUGGAACUGCUCACCAACUAACUGUCAGCUGCUCCUUUCUCACCAUGAUCUCCAGACAAGGAUGUUAAUGGAGUCUCACGGAGCCAGGUGCAUGACUUACUGAUACCAAACACAGAUAUCAAAGUAAUGCCUUCACAAGUUAUGGAUUUUGGCUGCACUGCCCGAAAACCCUUCUGAAAAUGUUUAACCAUGCUGUUUGGAUCUCCGCUGAACUGCUCUUCUUGUUGUAUGUCAGCUACUUGCAAAUAUUCCCAGCUUGGUCUCGUCCCAGUGGGGCUGACUACCUUCAACGAGGCUGGCAAAGACUGUUGGAUGAAGGGGAGAGCUGCACAGACUGUAUUCCAGAAGAAUGCCCACUACCAAGGGGCUGUCUGGCAGGAGUUGUACGGGACCACUGUGACUGCUGUUUAGAAUGUGCCAAUUUGGAAGGGCAGAUUUGUGACUUGGACAACACCAACCACUUCUAUGGGAAAUGUGGUGAUAACUUAGAAUGUCAGCUAGACAUGGGAGACCUCAGGCAUGGAGAGGUCCCUGAACCCCAGUGUGUGUGUCUAUUUAACACAGCUGUCUGUGGAUCAGAUGGAAAAACUUAUUCCCAGCUGUGUAAAUUAAAAGAGGUGGCCAAUGCUUACCCUGGAGCCAAUCUUACAGUUGCACAUGACGGGCCCUGUGAAUCAGCACCUCAGAUCCUAUCUCCACCAUAUGAUAUAUGGAACAUUACCGGAAAGGAUGCAAUUUUUGGCUGUGAAGUCUUUGCUUAUCCAAUGGCAUCCAUAGAAUGGAGGAAGGAAGGAGCAGAAAUGCUACUUCCAGGAGAUGAUCCCCACAUUUCUGUCCAGUUUAGGGGAGGCCCACAGAAGUAUGAAGUGACUGGCUGGCUGCAGAUUCAAUCAGUUCGUACUAGUGAUGAAGGAACUUACAGAUGCCUCGCCAAGAAUAAAAUCGGGGAAGUAAUGGCAGGAGCAACUCUCAUGGUUCUUACUCCAGAUCAGUUAAACAUGACUGGCCUGUCUCUGCCCAAGCCGCGCAAUCAUUUAUUUGAGGAUGACGCCGACAGUGAGGAUUCAGAUUAUUACUGAAGCUUACUAACACUAAUGACAUUGUUAUAUUAAUUUUAAUGUAUAUUUCCAUUUAAAGUAGAACACAUAUUUAAAUGCAGCAGAGUUCUGGAUUGAGAGACAAAAAAAAAAAUAGCACUUUACAUUUUUUGGACCAGCUUUUUCUAUAAGCAUUCGCAAGCUUUAUAAAUUUGCCAUUUUUUCAUGAAGGGUUUUUGGAUGUAUAAGUGCAGUGGCGUGAAAUCCCAGUUUCCAUUGCACACAGAUCAAAGGGGUUUAAUGAGGAGCUGGGAUGGAGAAAUGUUUUUUAAAUAUGUAUAUAUCAAAUAAAAGAUUUUAGUAAAAUGU